AGCUCCGUUUGUUGGCCAAAUAAUAAGAUAAUAGAUGAUCCAAAUCCAAUGGAUGUGCUUGACUUACUACCAACUGUCAUCUCAGUUCAGAGCUCAUAACUAAGAGUCUAAGACCCGUUGCUCUGUAUAUUGAAUGCAAUGGUAUUUAGGCUCUUAUACAGAAGAUGUGCUUGCUAUUGCUCCCUUGCAUAGCAUGCAGUUAAUUAUUCUGCUUCUUCUUCAUAAACUCUGCCUCAUCGCUUACCAUUACUUCCAUUCUUCCCUCAGGUUCACCAGGACAUGUCAGCCCCGUUCUCUCAUUAUUUCAUAUUCACUGGCCAUAAUUCCUACCUUACCGGGAACCAGCUCAAUAGUGACUCCAGUGACAUCCCAAUUAUAAAAUCACUACAGAGAGGUGUUAGAGUCAUUGAGCUUGAUAUGUGGCCAAAUUCUUCAAAGAACAAUGUUGAUAUUCUUCAUGGAGGGACAUUGACUGCCCCUGUAGAAAUGAUCAGAUGUUUAAAAUCAAUUAAAGAAUAUGCCUUUUGUGCGUCCAAUUAUCCUCUUGUUAUUACUCUGGAGGAUCACCUAACAGCAGACCUCCAAGCCAAAGUAGCUGAGAUGCUCAUUGAAACGUUUGGAGAUCUUCUUUUCAUCCCUAGUUCAGAGCCAUUGAAAGAGUUUCCUUCUCCAGAAGCUCUAAUGAAGAGGAUAAUAAUCUCAACUAAACCCCCGCAAGAAUACAAGGAGUUUCUGAAAGCUAAGGAUAAUCAGAAUGGUAGUGGAAACAUAGCUGAUUUACCAGACCAAGGAAGCCUGAGGAGAAUAGAUUCAAAUGCCGAUGAAUCUGAUGGAAAGGUCUGCAAUAUCAUUGCCUUUUCAAGACAGGCACCCAUUGUUUAACACGCAUGAAGUAAACUUAUUGUCAUGAACAGGAUGAACGAGGAAGAUUCUGAUGAGGACGACCCCAAAUUUCAGCAGGAUACUGCCUGUGAGUAUAGGAAAUUGAUCACCAUCCAAGCUGGCAAACCAAAAGGCCAUUUACGGGAUGCUCUAAAGGUAGACCCAGACAAAGUCAGGCGACUCUCUUUGAGCGAGACACAGGUAGCUAAAGCGAUAGCUUCUCAUGGCGCUGAAGUCAUAAGGUUCACUCAGAAGAAUAUACUGAGGGUGUAUCCAAAGGGCACAAGGGUUAACUCUUCUAACUAUGAUCCAAUGAAUGCCUGGAUUCAUGGCGCUCAGAUGGUUGCAUUUAACAUGCAGGGGUAUGACAAAGCACUCCGAUUGAUGCAAGGAUUUUUCAGAGCCAAUGGGGGCUGCGGGUAUGUUAAAAAACCUGACUUCUUGCUAACGACAGGUCCAAAUGGCGAGGUAUUUGACCCUAAAGCUAGUUUGCCUGUGAAGACAACUCUCAAGGUUAAAGUAUAUAUGGGAGAUGGGUGGCGCAUGGAUUUCAGUAAAACUCAUUUCGACUCCUUCUCGCCUCCAGAUUUCUAUACCAGGGUAGGGAUCGCUGGAGUGAAGGCGGAUAGUGUGAUGAAGAAAACGCGGGUCCUGGAAGACCAGUGGGUGCCGGUGUGGGACGAGGAGUUCACGUUCCCGCUGACGGUGCCGGAGCUAGCCCUGCUGAGGAUAGAGGUGCAGGAGUACGACAUGUCGGAGAAGCACGACUUCGGCGGGCAGACGGUGCUGCCGGUGUGGGAGCUGAAGCAGGGCAUUCGUGCUGUGCCCCUCCACGAUCGCAAGGGCGUCAGGUACAAGUCCGUCAGGCUCCUCAUGCGCUUCGAUUUUGUCUAGGCAUCAGCAGCAGUCCAUAGUUGUGUCAGCCAGUCAGUGAG